AAUGACUUAUUUCUAUUUACCUUCUGGACUUGGCUAUUCUUUUGGCAUUUAAGUAGUUUUCUCUAUUUCCAUGUAAUCAGCUCUUUUCAAUGCAAUCAGAACACACCCAACAAAUCAAUUACAUAUCGAACAUGUGAAUUACCAUUAUAUGAUGGAUGCGUUAAUAUUCUAACAAAUAUUGUAUUCUACCAAUUCUUGAAGAAUAAUAUUGUUCCAUCCAACCCAAUAUCUAAAAGUAGGUACCAACUCCAACGCCUUUCUCAAAUGUCCACAAAGACAAGUCUAUAAAUGAUGAAACCCAUUGUAUCCCAAGAAAAUAACAAAGUUACAAGAAACAGAGUUAAACUCCAACGAGUACGUACUCGUCAAGAAAAGAAUCUUAAAAAAAUGGCGCUACCAUUGAAUAUCCUUAUCGCAGCUCUCUCUCUCAUUGUCUUGUCUCCUCUUGGUUUUUGUUCCAAAACCUAUGAAAGUGGAGGCUAUCUCUUCCCUCAGUUCUACGACCACUCGUGUCCUAAAGCUCAAGAGAUUGUUCAGUCCAUUGUCGCUAAAGCAUUCGCACAUGACCCUCGCAUGCCUGCCUCCUUGCUCAGACUUCAUUUCCACGAUUGUUUCGUCAAGGGAUGUGAUGCUUCCAUACUAUUGGACAGCAGCGGAACCAUAAUCAGCGAGAAACGAUCAAACCCUAACCGAAACUCAGCCCGUGGUUUCGAGCUCAUCGAAGAAAUCAAACAUGCUUUAGAACAGGAGUGUCCUGAAACAGUUUCUUGCGCCGAUAUAUUAGCGCUAGCCGCCAGAGACUCAACUGUCAUCACAGGUGGACCGAGGUGGGAAGUACCACUAGGAAGAAGAGAUGCGAGAGGAGCAAGCUUGAGUGGUUCAAACAACGACAUUCCUGCUCCUAACAACACAUUUCAAACCAUCCUCACUAAGUUCAAGCGUCAAGGCCUCGAUCUCGUCGAUCUUGUCUCCCUCUCUGGAAGCCACACCAUAGGAGACUCGAGGUGCACAAGUUUCAGGCAGAGGUUAUACAACCAGUCUGGCAACGGUAAGCCUGAUCUAACCCUAAACCAGUACUACGCAUCCGUGUUGCGGAAGCAAUGUCCAAGAUCCGGCGGUGACCAAAACCUCUUCGCCCUCGACCUGGCGACACAGUUCAAGUUCGACAACCAAUACUUCAAGAACCUGAUAAUGUACAAAGGGCUACUGAGCUCAGACGAGGUAUUGUUCACGGAGAACAGAGAGUCGAAGGAGCUGGUGAAGCUGUAUGCAGAGAAUGAAGAGGCCUUCUUCGAGCAGUUCGGGAAAUCGAUGGUGAAGAUGGGGAAUAUAUCUCCGUUGACAGGAGGGAGGGGAGAGAUUCGGCGAAUCUGCCGGAGGGUUAACCAUAAGUCUUAUUAAUCAAACCCCUUAAACGUAUAACUUUUCAAGCAUGGAAUUUCUUUUGGCUUUGUGUUGUAUGAAUGUGUGUGUUGAAUUUAAAAAUCUGAUUAUAUAUGUUGCGGUAGAAGAUGGUGUGCUCUAUUUAGCAAAAAAAAAAAAAGAUGGUGUGCUCUAUAUAUUUGGCAGGAUGUCAUUUGGUGUUUA